AUGAAAGUAGCUUUUUGUACAGACUUGGAUAAAAGUGUGGUGGUUGCGAACUGUGAAAAACGCGGUUGGGUACAAGUAGGGCCUGACGAUGACUGGAAUAUAUACUGGGCAAGUACCCAAACUUGCCGCAGCUUAUUUAGCGUCGAUAGUGGGUACCGAAUGAAUGACAAUCAGCUCAUCAAUCACUUUCCGAAUCACUAUGAAAUAUCCCGCAAGGAUCUCCUCGUCAAGAACAUCAAACGAUACAGGAGGGAUUUGGAAAAAGAAGGUAAUCCCAUGGCGGAACGGGGCGAUUCCAAGUACCUCCACCUAGACUUUAUCCCAGUGACGUUCGUCUUGCCUGCGGACUACAACAUGUUCGUAGAAGAAUAUAGGAAAGCUCCGCAGAGCACAUGGAUAAUGAAACCGUGCGGCCGAUCCCAGGGCUCUGGAAUUUUUCUCAUCAACAAACUAUCUAAACUUAAGCGCUGGUCUAGAGAGUCCAAGACUCCGUUCCAGCAACAGCUUACGAAAGAGAGCUACGUCAUUUCCAAGUAUAUUGAUAACCCUUUGCUUAUUGGUGGGAAAAAAUUCGACCUGCGUCUCUAUGUGCUCGUUACCUCGUUCCGACCCUUGAAGGCCUACCAAUUUCGUCUAGGGUUUUGUCGGUUUUGCACAGUCAAAUACGAUUCCAGCGUUGCCGAAUUAGAUAAUAUGUACGUUCAUCUUACGAACGUAUCGGUGCAAAAACACGGGGGGGAAUAUAAUUCUCUUCAUGGAGGGAAACUAAGCGUUGAAAACUUACGGCUCCAUUUGGAAAGUACCAGGGGUAAACAGGUCACGGAGAAACUCUUCGACCAGAUCAGUUGGUUGAUUAUUCACAGUUUAAAAGCGAUAGCGCCUGUUAUUGCGACCGACCGGCAUUGCUUCGAGUGCUACGGCUACGAUAUUAUCAUCGACAACACGCUGAAACCUUGGUUGAUUGAGGUAAACGCGUCUCCUUCACUGACGUCAACCACAGCGAAUGAUCGAAUACUGAAGCACAAAUUGCUAGACAAUAUAUUCAACGUCGUCGUUCCACCGAACGGAAUGCCCGACGUAAGGUGGAACAAGAUUCCUUCACCAGAGGCGUUGGGGGACUUUCAACUGCUCAUGGACGAAGACCUUGUGGCACUAAACGAAGGCCACGACAAUGGUUCUGGCAAAAAUAAUUCAAGGUGGAAAUAAAAAAAAGGUCA